CGGCGGUCAACCCAAGGAAGGUGUGGACGAAGGUCCGAUUAAAAUGAUCGAAUUUGGCUUGAUAGAACAACUUGAGGAAAUGGGAUGGACCGUAGAAUUUGAUGGCCACCACAAAUUCACCAGUCUUAAACCAGCUGAUGAUCCUAAUAUAGGGAAAAUCAAAAGGCCUCGAUAUGUUUCGAGAGUAACUAAGGCAGUUUCUGAAUCCGUAGAAUCACAUCUUAAAAAAGGUCAUUUAGCACUUACUCUUGGAGGUGAUCAUAGCCUUGCGCUCGGUACGGUUUCUGGUACCUUAGCCGCUUAUCCUGAUGCUUGCCUUAUCUGGAUCGAUGCCCAUGCGGAUAUCAACACUCCCGAAACUACCGAUUCUGGCAAUUUACACGGUUGCCCUGUAUCCUUCCUGCUAGCAGUUGACGGGCUGAUAAGUAAGGAAAUAACUGAAUUUUCAUGGUUGACGCCUCGACUCAGACCCGAUAGUAUUGUAUAUAUUGGAUUACGAGAUGUUGAUCCACCAGAAAAGGAGAUUUUAAAGAAAUAUGGGAUCAAGGCUUUUUCUAUGACCCAUGUAGAUAAGUACGGUAUUGGCAAGGUUGUGGAGAUGGCCCUUGAUGCAGUGAACCCUGACAGAGAUCGUCCUAUCCAUCUUAGUUUUGAUGUUGAUGCGCUAGAUCCGACGGUUGCCCCGAGUACUGGUACUCCUGUGCGUGGUGGAUUGACCUUUAGAGAAGGUCAUUACAUUUGUGAAACAAUUAAUGAAACUGGUCUUCUUGUCUCUGUUGACAUCAUGGAAGUAAAUCCGACCCUCGAAGAUGAAGUAAGUGUGUUUGAAACCGUGACGGUCGGUUGCUCAUUGGUUCGCUGCUGUCUUG